AUGUCUACACGACUAGAACCCUCAGCCCCAUAUGUUUACGUCAAAAUUCGUCUCUACUCGCUCGUCCACUCGCAACCCACACUCACAACCUGCUUACGCUCACUCCCAGCCCUUGCCGUCCAUUCACAACUCGCAACUCAAAGGCCAUACUCGCUAGCCUUCUCUCGCAGCUCCCAGCCCACACUCUCCCGCCCACCCACAACUUACAGGACCGCCCACCCGCCCACCCGCCCACCUCCACGUCUGUUCUUGAACCUUGGAUACGCCCCUAUGUCCACCUUCGUCUUGGAUACGUCGGAGGUGGUGGGCAUGAUCCGCCAGGGGGACAAGAUCGGGGUCCUGAUCUACCUGCGGAAGGGCGGCGACCCCAACGCCAGGAACCAGCUGGGCAUGAACCUCCUGCACGUGGCUUGUCUCGAAGGCCAGGAGGAGGUGGUCGAGGUCCUUCUCGAUGCGGGCGCUAAGGUGAACUCCUGUACGACUGACAUGUGCACGCCGCUACACCGCGCAUGCAUAUACGGGUACAAAGGCAUCGUUGAGUUACUAUUGUCCAAGAGUGCGUAUAUCAAUGCACAGGACGGGGCGCAAGAUACUAAUGUUGUCGCACCCGACCUCCUCGUGUUCAGGCUAAGCAGCGCCGACUGCCCGCACUGCUAUAGGUCCUCCUCUUUGGCAGUAACCCCUGGGCAUAGAAGGGCUUAA